AUGGAGUUCAACACAGUGACUUCUCCCAGCAGUAGCAUAAUAUGGGUGACACCAGAUAUCGAAGGCAAACCCCUCAAAAUGGAGCUGGGCACAGGAUCUGCAGUGUCUAUAAUUUCCACUACCGUCUACAAUGAGCACUUUAAGGCUAUCAAGCUGAAGAACACAAAUGUGUUGCUGAAGACAUACUCAGGAGAGAGAUUGAGCCCAAUGGAGGCGUUGCAGUCGAAAGAGAAAGGCACAGACCAAACACUGGAACACUUGCGGAAGAAAUACAACACAAUUUUCAGUGAUCAGAUGGGAACAGUAAAAGGCUUCACAGCAAAACUUGUACUGAGAGAUGAUGCAACCCCCAAAUUCUGCAAAGCCAGAUCUGUUCCAUACUCCCUGAGACCAAAGGUGGAAGCGGAAAUCGAUCGCCUGCAGGAUACAGGGAUCCUGACGAAAGUGGACAGAAGCGAAUGGGCCACACCCAUAGUUCCUAUUGUGAAGAAACUUCAAGCCCCAGCCAUUUGGCAACAAACUAUUGACCAGUGUAUCCUGGAUGACAUGAUCAUAACAGAACGCACCGACAAAGAGUUCCUGGCUAACCUGGAAGAGGUCCUGAAAAGACUGAAAGAGUAUGGUCUACAGGCAAACUUAAAGAAGUGUGAGUUCUUCAAAGACAAAAUUGUCUUCUGUGGACAUGAGAUUGACUGCAAUGGAUUGCACAAAACACAGGACAAAAUUGAGGCAGUGGUCCUCAUGCAUUACGACCCUGAAAUGCCAGUGAAGUUGGCUUGUGAUGCGUCCCCUUAUGGCUUAGGUGUCGUCCUUUCACACACACUAAAAGAUGGGUCAGAGAGGCCAGUUGCAUUCGCGUCACGAACAUUGAAUGAUGCAGAGAAAAACUACUCACAAAUCGACAAAGAAGCACUGGCACUAGUGUGGGGCGUCAAGAAAUUCCACCCAUACCUAUAUGGCAAGCGUUUCACACUGGUUACAGAUCACCAGCCGUUGCUUUCCAUUUUCAGUCCAAAGAAAGGCAUUCUGGCAAUGACAGCAGCCAGGUUACAGCGAUAUGCCCUGUUCCUUGCCAGUCAUAUGUAUGACAUUGAGUUUAAGCCGUCAUCCCUCCACACAAAUGCAGAUGGAUUAUCCAGACUGCCGUGUACAAGAGAAAGACAAAGGAGGGUGGAUGCAGUGAACAUGUUCCAUACCGCUCAGCUCGAGGCACUACCAGUCACAAGCACAGUUAUCAAACAGGAGACAAGGAAAGAUGUGACCUUGUCAAAAGUGUACACCUACACCAUGUCAGGAUGGCCAGCUACUGGCAGAAAGGAGCUGACUCCGUAUUUCCAGCGGAGAAACGAAAUUACAACGUACCAAGGAUGUUUGAUGUGGGGAAUGAGAGUCAUGAUACCCCAGAAAUGCCAACAUCUAGUCUUGCAGCAACUACAUGAAGGUCAUGUUGGAAUUGUCAAAAUGAAGCUGCUCGCAAGGAGCCACUUCUGGUGGCCAGGUCUGGAUCAACAGAUAGAAAACAUGGCGAAGAACUGUAGCGGAUGUUUGGAAACCCUUCACAUGCCUGCUCCUGUCCCAGUCCACCCAUGGGAAUGGCCCGCAGAGCCAUGGCAGAGAAUUCAUGUGGACUACGCUGGUCCCUUUGAAAAGCACAUGUUUCUGGUUAUAGUGGAUGCCCAUUCCAAAUGGCCAGAGGUGUUUUGCACUGACUCCUCCACCUCAGCUCAGAGGAUAGAGUGUCUCAGAACAACGUUUGCACGCUUCGGUUUGCCAUUGCAGCUGGUAAGUGACAACGGGCAAGCUUGUGAUGAGUUUACAAGAUUCAUGUCAGUAAAUGGAAUCAAACACUCAACCUCAGCUCCAUACCACCCUGCCACCAAUGGGUUGGCAGAACGCUUUGUGCAAACCCUAAAGCAAGGACUCCGUGCAGCAAAACGAGACGAAGGGACUUUGCAAACAAAACUGGCCAAGUUCCUGGGCUCCUACCGAAACACCCCACAUGCCACGACAAAUGAAAGCCCAGCCGCACUGAUGUUCGGGAGGCCUCUCCGCACACAGCUGGACAUCAUGAAGCCAAACAGGCGUAAUGAAGUGCUGAACAAACAAGCCAAGAUGCUCUCCGGUGGCCGGGAGCGCCAUCUCCAAACAGGACAGGAAGUGAUGGUGCGAGACUACAGAAGAGGAGGGAAAUGGAUAAGAGGGGAUGUACACACACAAACGGGACCCAGAACUUACCAGGUUCAAGUGAGCCCAGACAUAAUGUGGAGGCGUCACAUUAACCAAAUGCAUUCCACGGAAAACAGCACAACAAUCGAGAGAGAACAGGCACAGAGAGAUCCUGAGAGUGACACAUAG